ACGUGUAUACUAAUCUUCUCGGGAUCAGUAUACACGUAUCAGAGUACUUAGUUAUAAGACCCAACUAAGUUGAGAUUUUUUUUAUAUACACUUUCAAAAAAAAGAACAUCGGAAUUGCAAAUUCAGAGUACUCAAUAUCCGUUCAUGUUAUGGAGAUGAAAUUGUUACACCGCAGCCUUAUUCUCAUCAUCUCGUGUAUGUCCGUUUCUGUUAAUUGCCUAAUUGUCAUCAAUCGUGCCAAAUCAAAUGACCGGCUGGCGCUAGUUGCAUUUAAGAACGGGAUAACUGAAGAUCCACUCGGAGCCCUGAGUUCGUGGAACAACAACAAUGAUUCUCUUCAUUUUUGCAAGUGGAAAGGAGUUACAUGCAGUCAUCGUCAUCCGAAUAGAGUUACUAGAUUAGACCUUCAAUCCAAAAGUUUGGUAUGUUCCAUAUCUCCUCACAUAGGAAACCUUAGCUUUCUUACUGAUCUCAUCCUUAACAGCAACAGUUUGAACAAAGAAAUCCCACAACAAAUUGGUCGUCUUUUUCGAUUAAAAAGGUUAAAUCUUUCGCGUAAUAUCUUGGAUGGAGAAAUUCCGAGCAAUAUUUCUCGUUGCUCCAAUCUCAUACACCUUGAUAUAUCUCAGAACAAUCUUGUGGGUAGUAUUCCAGAUGAACUAGGCUACUUAUCUAAUGUCAAAGUGUUGUGGCUCCAGUAUAAUAAUUUUUCUGGAGAGAUUCCGACUUCAUUGGGUAACGUUUCAACAUCUCUUACUCAUCUUGGUCUUGGUUAUAAUAAUUUGGAUAGAAUAAUUCCAAACACUCUAAGCCAACUAACAAGAUUAAAAUUUCUUGAUAUUACUUCCAACAAGUUGUCAGGUAUUGUCCCUUCAUCACUCUACAAUAUCUCAUCACUGGAGGUUUUUUCAUUGAUGUUCAAUCAACUCCACGGGACUAUUCCUUUUGAUAUUGGUCUCACCCUGCCGAAUAUAACCUCUUUCUCGGUUUCAGGAAACAGUUUCACUGGAAUCAUUCCUAAUUCAUUUGCCAAUUCAUCCAGCCUUAAAGUUUUACAGUUGUAUAAAAAUAAUUUUGUUGGAUCGCUACCUUAUAACCUUGGCCAUUUUAAUAAUCUUAUAAGGUUAAAUUUAGGAGAAAAUGAUCUUGGAAGUGGCCGAGCUAAUGAUCUGGACUUCAUAAAUUCUCUGAUAAAUUGUACUAGUUUGAAGGUUAUAUUUCUAGGCGUCAACAAUUUCGGUGGCAUGCUACCUAGCUCUAUAGGAAAUCUGACAACAGACCUGGAUACAUUACAUUUGGCAGAAAAUCAGAUAUAUGGAAGUAUUCCUGCAGGUAUUCAGGAUCUUGUAGGCUUGAGAUCGCUCGUUUUGGCUGGCAACCUGCUCGCAGGUGGGAUUCCUCCAGGCAUCGGGAACCUUCAAAAUCUGGGUGUUUUAGAUCUUCGGAGGAACAAAUUGUCGGGGUCGGUGCCUUCUUCUUUCGGUAACUUAACAAGACUGAUCGAACUCACUUUAUCGUUUAAUAUCUUAACAGAUUCAAUUCCUCCUAGUAUAGGAAAUUGUGAAUCUCUGCAGAGCUUGGUCCUCUCGAGCAACAGAUUAACUGGUAGUAUCCCGAAACAAGUUCUUGAACUUUCCUCUUUAUCAAGGUUUCUCAACUUGGGUAAUAACUCACUCACUGGUCCACUGCCAGUGGAAGUUGGCAGCUUGAAAAACCUUGGGAUAUUGGACCUUUCUGAAAACAAAUUAUCUGGUCAAAUCCCAAGUAGCAUAGGCGAGUGUUUAAGCUUAACAGGUCUGUUCUUGGAUGGUAACUACUUUCAAGGAAACAUUCCUCCGGCUAUUACUUUCUUAAGAGGCCUUGAAAGUUUAAGCCUCUCCCGCAAUAACUUGUCUGGCAUAAUACCGGAAAGCUUAGAGAAUCUGAAGCUUAGUAAAUUGAACUUAUCAUUUAAUAAUCUAGAGGGAGUGGUACCAAGAUAUGGAGUUUUUAUGAAUAUAAGUGCAUUCUCAGUUGAUGGGAAUAGAAAACUUUGUGGAGGAAUACCUGACUUGAAGCUGCCGAAUUGCAACAUCUCAAGAAAGAAAAGGCAUGUCAAAAUUAUAAUUAUCAUAGUAAUAGUUAUUGUGGUUUUAUUUUUAAUUUCAGUCAUGUUUUUGCUCGUUCUUUAUUGGAGAACGAAGUCAGAAACAAAACCACCUUUGACGGCUUUAGAUGUCGGUAAUCAGUACAUGGGAGUUUCUUACAACGAGCUUCUUAAGGCGACCAAUGGAUUUGAUCGUUCUACCAAUUUGCUUGGUGUGGGAAGUUUUGGGUCUGUAUAUAAGGGAAUUCUUAGUCAGGAUGAAUCAAAACCUGUUGCAGUUAAGGUUAUACAACUUCAGCAAAGAGGUGCAACCAAGAGUUUCAUGGCCGAAUGUGAUACCCUUAGAGAAAUUCGACAUAGAAAUUUACUUAAGAUUGUAACUUGUUGCUCGAGUAUCGAUUUUCAAGGUAAUUCUUUCAAAGCUCUGGUUUUUGAGUUCAUGGCUAAUGGGAAUCUAGAUAAUUGGUUGCACUCAGAUGCAAGUAGCGUAGACAGUGACGACCAACUGCAACCGAAAAAUUUGACCCUGGAUAGAAGAUUGAACAUUGCGGUCGAUGUUGCUUCAGCACUAAAUUAUCUUCACCAUGAGUGUCAAUCCCCAAUUAUUCAUUGUGAUCUGAAGCCAAGCAAUGUCCUUCUCGAUGAUGAUCUAAUUGCCCAUGUGGGUGACUUUGGCUUGUCUAAGUUCCUUUCUAAUCCUUCCAGUUAUUCUCAGCAUCUGAAUGAACAAGACGCAAGUUCAAUUGCAAUAAAGGGCUCCAUAGGUUAUAUUUCUCCUGAAUAUGGAAUGGGUGGUGCAGCGUCUACAGAAGGUGACGUGUAUAGUUAUGGGAUCCUUUUGCUAGAAAUGUUUACGGGAAAACGACCAACUGAUGACAUGUUCAAAGAUGGUUUAGACAUCCAUAACUUCUCCAAGAUGCAUAUGUUGCCAGACCGCAUUGAAGAGAUUGUUGAUUCGCGUUUGCUGUCGGAAUUAGGAGAAGUUCAUAAUGAUGAUGAAACUAUAAGUUACGAUGUGUCGGCAAACGAAAGAAGAAAUAUAGCAAGAGAUAAAAUGCGACAGACCUUGACUUCUAUAAUUCAAAUUGGAGUUAAAUGUUCUUCAAAGUUACCUUCAGAUAGGAUCAACAUGAGUAAGGCUAUUUUGGAUGUACAAGCAGUAAAGAAUUUGUUUCUUGGUGGUGAAAUGUAGUAAAAAAUUAGAACUCUUCUAAUAACAAAUAUUUUGUUUCUUUGUCAAUUCCUCUUCAGUGAACUUUGUGAUAAAAGUUAAGGAGUCCAACGCAGUACGCAGAAAUAUUUCC